UUGUGUAUAAAUACACACACCCACGCACACACAAAGUUGCCCAUUGGAAGGACGUGACCGAGUAGUCAUCAUUAUCAGCUAUCUUACGGAGAAGAAUGGCGUCAAGACCAGGUUUUCUCACGGACUGGCCAUGGACACCUCUUGGAAGCUUUAAGUACUUGGUGUUGGCGCCGCUUGUUAUCGAUAGCAUCUACUCAUACGCGACACUGCGAGAUCACGAUAAACUUUUGGUCGUAGCGCUAAUGGUGUGGCGUAUUGUUCAUAGCCAGGCUUGGAUAAGUUUCUCCCGUUACCGAACUGCCAAGGGAACCACACGGAUCGUGAACAAAUCCAUAGAGUUUGAGCAAGUCGACAGAGAACGAACCUGGGACGAUCAGAUCAUCUUCAACACUAUCAUUGUUUACUUAGUCAAAGCGUACGUCAUAAGAAACAACCCCGUUCCCUUUUGGCGACUUGAUGGCGUGGUUCUAACCGUUCUCCUCCAUGCGGGUCCUGUUGAGUUCAUCUACUACUGGUUUCACCGAGCCCUUCACCAUCAUUACCUCUAUUCUCGAUACCAUUCACACCACCACUCCUCCAUUGUCACCGAACCCAUAACUUCGGUGGUACAUCCUUUUGCCGAACACAUUGGCUAUACAUUAAUCUUGGGGAUACCUCUAAUAACGUGUUUGCUAUGUGGAACGGUCUCUGUAGCCUCGCUCUUCCUCUAUUUAACUUACAUAGAUUUCAUGAACAACUUGGGUCACUGCAACUUCGAGCUCAUUCCAAAACCUUUCUUCUCUCUUUUCCCUCCUCUCAAGUUCAUCUGCUAUACUCCUUCAUUUCACUCGCUCCACCACACGCAAUUCAGGACAAACUACUCUCUAUUCAUGCCAAUGUACGACUACAUUUACGGUACUAACGACAAGUGCAGUGACUCAUUGUACGAAACGUCAUUAGAGAAAGAAGAAGAGAAGCCUGACGCAAUUCAUCUAACUCACCUAACAUCACUCGACUCUAUUUACCAACUCCGGCUUGGCUUUGCUUCCCUCUCCUCGCACCCUCUAUCUUCUCGGUGUUACCUAUUACUCAUGAGACCCUUCACUCUAAUCCUAUCUUUUAUACUGACUUCUUUCUCUUUUCGAACCUUUGUCUUUGAGAGAAACCGCUUCCGUGACCUCACCAUUCACUCCCACCUCCUUCCCAAGUUUUCAUCUCAUUACAUAUCGCAGCAGUGUAAAAAAUCUAUCAACAAAAUGAUAGAGACGGCUAUCAUUGAAGCGAACAAGAAGGGUGUGAAAGUAAUGAGUUUGGGGCUAUUGAACCAGGGAGAAGAAUUAAAUGGGUAUGGAGAAAUGUACGUAAGGAAGCAUCCAAAGCUAAAGAUAAGGAUAGUAGAUGGAAGCAGUCUUGCAGCCGAGGUGGUGGUUCAUAGUAUUCCUGUUGGCACGAGAGAAGUUCUCUUUCGAGGCCAAGUCACAAAAGUUGCUCGUGUCAUUGUCAUUUCUCUUUGCCAAAAUGGCAUCAAGGUGAUGGUGUUACGUGAGGAAGAGCAUUGCAUGCUAGCCGGAUACCUUGGCGGGCAUUGUAAAGAAAAUCUGGUGCUCACAACCAAUUACUCCCCAAUGAUUUGGUUGGUGGGAGAUGGGCUAAGCAGAGAAGAGCAGGAGAUGGCUACAAAAGGAACUCGUUUUCUUCCUUUCUCUCAGUUUCCUCCUACCCAACUUCGAAAAGACUGCUUUUACCAUACCACUCCAGCUAUGAUCAUCCCUGACUCUGCUCAAAACAUCGACUCUUGUGAGAAUUGGCUGGGGAGGAGAGUGAUGAGCGCGUGGAGAGUUGGUGGGAUAGUGCAUGCGCUUGAAGGAUGGGAGGAACACGAGUGUGGUCUUGACGGUCCAGUUGUUAAUCCUCCAAGAGUUUGGGAAGCUGCUCUUCGAAAUGGUUUUAAACCUCUGGUUUUGCCAUCUGUAGAGACCAAAGGAUUGAGCAAUUGUUACUAGUAAUUUAUUAAAUAAAUGUUGUACUAAAGACCAAAAGACUUUGUAAGAAGUAAACCGUAAGUUCGUAACUUGGCGACCGGUUGCAUUUGUCAUUUCACUUGAACUCUUUUAUUAAAAAAGAAUUAAUAAGGUUA